AAUUCAUCUCUCCAAAACGAACAGCCCAAUCCUUCCGUGGACGUGUAUCUUAAAAGCCUUGUUCAUGCAAGCGUACCUUUUCUCCGUAAACCAAUUUACACGCAAACUCAUUUGUCUGUCACCGCAGCAGUGAUGGCUAAUUGUUUCUCUAGCUAGAAAUCAACCCAAGGAGUUGUCCUCUACCGUUCUAGAACACCAUCACAAGAAGAAGCCUCCUUAAAAGACCAAUUCCUUACAUCUCUUUUUCUACCUGAAAGAAAGAAAAGAAGCCAGCAGAGAGAAGAUGGAUUGGAGAGUCAUGGGUUUUGAUCCAUCCGUCAUUGACACCCUCCAUGAGCUCCUGGACUUCCCUGACGAUGCCGACAAGUCCCAACCUCAUCCCUCUCGCGCCUACAUCCGGGACGCGAAAGCAAUGGCGGCGACACCAGCAGACGUGAAAGACUGCCCCAACGCAUACGUGGUUGUGAUUGACAUGCCAGGGCUAAAACAAGACCAAUUGAAGGUCCAAGUUGAAGAGGGCAACUUCCUGGUGGUGAGUGGAGAGAGGAAGAGGGAGAAGGAGAAGGAUCAGGGCGUGAAGUUCAUAAAGAUGGAGAGGAGGCUGGGCAAGUAUCUGAAGAAGUUUCAGCUCCCAGAAAAUGCUGAUACUGAAAAGAUAUCAGCUUCGUAUCAAGACGGGGUCUUGACCGUAACUGUGGAGAAGAAGCCACCACCAGAGCCCAAGAAACCGAGGACCGUUGAAGUGCAAGUGAGUUGAGAGGUCAAAGGCUAUGCUGCAGCCUGACACCAUAGUUGAGGUUAAAAUAAGGGCAGCUUGAGACUGCUCACUUUUGCUUUGGUGAGGUGUAAGAGAGCGUUGUUGUGAGUUUAUCGUUUCGUGUUGCCUUUAUUUUUUAUUUUGUGUUUUUCGUGUCAGGACUCUAGAGAGAGCUUUGGAGGAGCGGACUGGUUCUGUUCUUUUAAUCCUGCUCUUUGAAUGUCUAUGUAAACAGUGAAAAGUAUACGUGUACGAAAAUAUGUUUGAAUCAUUCUGUGCACAAAAAACGUUCUUGA